AUGACCCAACCUGUUUUCGAGUUCAGUGCCGCACAAGCCAAAGAAGCACCAGUUAUCAAGUCAACUGCUGCUAAUCCAAAUCUUCUUCUCUCUCUUGAUGAAAUCAGCAAGAAGAAGAAAUUGGAAGCUAAAAAGGAAAGGGCUUCAAAGAAAACAGGCAAAGUAGAUAAGAAGGACAAGAAGGAGAAAAAGGAGAAGAAAGAUAAGAAAGAUAAGAACCGCAAUAAUAAAUCUAACGAUACAAAAGACAAGAAAAAAGACCACAAACCACAGGGCAAAAAUGGAAUCGUUAAGAUUGAUGUACCACAAAGCGUUCUUAAGAGCAUUCUGAACGAAGCUGGAAUCAAAACUGAUGGAUAUGAAGUUACUCUCCGUGCUGUUCCUAAAUCACUCGACUAA